AGGACCGGAUAGAUGCCCCCGGGUGGCCCCCCACAGGAAGCCGUGCUCCCCGAUGGCAUUGCACCGUCCGCGCGGGGGGGGGGGAGUGAGAAAGGCGGGGUUGCAGACCCCGAUCGAGUCUCUUUGCACCCCUAGAGCUGCUCGCCCUGCCUCCCCCGCCGCCGACUCAGAUGUCCGCCUUCUUCCGUGCCAAAGCGGAUGUGUCGAACAUCUGGAUGCCACGCUGCUUUCCCCGGCUUCGCGUUAGAGGCCGGCCCGGAAGGGGUGGCAUCCUGGCGGCAGGAGUGAUUUGGGAAUUCGCCCGGGAAGUUGGGGCGGAAUUCGGAUCGGGAGACUCGGGGGUUGACUCCUAAGGAUGCCCAAAGCCAGGGUGAAGCUCAUCGUAACCGGAGACGACUUUGGCUACUGCCGAAGGAGGAACCAAGGCAUUGCGGAGUGUUUCCUGGCCGGUGCGAUCUCAAACGUUUCGCUUCUGGUCAACGGGAGUGCCGUGUCCGACGCCGUGCAGCUGGCCAAGAAACACUGCAUUCCAAUAGGACUCCAUGCAAACCUUUCUGAGGGCAUCCCAGUGUGCCCAGCACUGAAGAGGAAGUCCACACUACUCAACCCAGAGGGCUUCUUCCAUGGAAAGAUGGGAAUUCGGACAUGUUUAAACGAAGGGCUUCUGAAUAUGGCCGAGGUGAAGCAGGAAUUAAUAGCACAGGUUGAGUUGUUCUGUCAACUGACCGGCCAUUUACCGCAUCACAUGGAUGGACACCAACAUGUCCAUGUUCUCCCAGAGAUCAGACAUGUAUUUGCAGAGGUGUUAGAAGAUUACGGGAUCACUUACACACGAGUUCCCAUCGAGCCAGAUCUUCCACGCUGUGGCUGGAUAGCGCCAACUCUGAUGGAUUUCUACUUGGGAGUGGAGAAGGAUUCGUUGAACACCAUCGAGGUCUUUCAAAAGCAUGGCAUAAGGUGGCCAGAUAUAUAUAUAGGCCUCAGCACCAUGGGGAAAAACAUGUCCAUCCAGAGCAUCUUAGAGGCUAUUGAUAAUGCCACUGCAGCUCAUCUGGCUAACGAGGACUCGACGUCUCCUCCGCCAUCUUCAUUCUUAUGUCCUGGUCAGGGAGUCCGGACGGUGACGCUUGAACUCAUGACCCAUCCAGGCUACCCCAGCAUCCCGCCGACUGGAGGUUGUGGAGAAGGCCCGGAUGACUUUUCUCAGUCGUGGGAACGCCUGCAUGAACUGGAGACCUUAACCAAGCCAGAUCUCCAGGAACAUUACAGGAGCAGGAACAUUCAGCUCUGUGCUUUCAAAGAUCUUGCCGUCUGACCCUCCUCGGGGAUGGGACACUCCCGUGUUCGACUGCCUCUUGGGUUAGGUGAAGACGCUGGAUCAGGGAUGGUCCCGGUGGGAGCAGAAGAUCUUUGGGAAGUUUUGGUGCUCUCUGCAGGCAGAUAGUGCUGCUCCUCCUCCCGUUUUAUUUUAUUUUUUAGUUUUGCAACUGGAGAAUCUCAGAGGGGGAACUGGGGACUGUGGUUGUCUUCGUGAGCGGCAUCUCCAGAAAUGAUGGUUGUAGAAGCUGGUGAGAGUAACGGCGUUGAUAGAAAUGCCAGCCUAGACCUGGCAUUUUAGGGUACACCGAGAGGGGAGAAUAUUUAAGUAACUCAGGGUUGAAAUGAGGGGCGCUUGGUGCCCUCUGAGCUUGGUGGUUUUCUUGCAGACGUUUCGUGACCCAACUAGGUAACGUCAUCAGUGCAUCACUGGAUUAUCUUCUUAACGUGACAAUAGUUUUCAUGCCAGAGGCAAGCUUUGGGGCCUGUUCAACAAAUCACAAUUAAAACAAGCCUAGGCUUGGCAUGAUGUAAGAACCCAGCCAGGGCAAGUUAAAUCUCUCUUUCUGCGUAGUAUUCUGAGAUAGAAAGGCAUCUGGAAGAAUCAAAUGUUAUUUUAGGUUGUUCUUGCUUAGUAACACGGUGAUUUUUUUUUUUUUUUUUAAGGAUUAGCGGGAAAAACAACCACCCAAAAGCCAACCGUUUGAAUAGCAAAUAGAACAGGUUGAAUCAAGUAUAUCUCUACCUGUAAGACACAAUCAAAAAUGUUAUGAAUGCUUGUUAGAAGGAAGCAAAAGGGUUUGGAGCGUUCUGAGUUUUUUUAAGCCUUGGGUUGAGGGUGGUUUAAUCUCAAAAAAGAAAAGAAAGCUGUUGUUUAGGUAAGCAUUCCCAGGCUUGAAAAAUAAACCUGUCUUUGGGCAAUCAAAUGCUCUCCCCCCCCCCCCAUUUACACGCUCAGUUGCUUUGUGCAAACUGUUUUGCACAGAUGAUCCUUUCUCAAGGUUUCUUUCACCGCCCCUGUGAAAGAAACAAUUCCCUGUUUUGAAAGAUGAAACUUAGCCUGGACUUCCUUCCACAGGAUGGUCCUAAUCCUAGCGGUGAUCCAUUAAGUAUAAACAAGCUGCUGUCACCUUCUCUCUCUUAUUUCACAUUGCACAGGUGACCCUCAACUUAACAACCGUCUGUUUAGGGACCGAUUCGAAGUUACAGCCGCCCUGAAAAAAGUGACUGGCAGCCAGUAAUCCAGUACAUAAAAAGUCACAAAACUGGGUGCGAUUCAUUUAACAACUGCUUUGCUAAGCAAUGGAAAUUCUGGUCCUAGACUGUUGAGGUCUUAAGUUGAGAAUUAUCUGUAAUAGGUCUCCAAUAUAAUGUUCAUACUUUGAGAAUUACAUUCCUUUGGCUGAUUGUUUAAACAUUCGAAUCAAUUCUGGGACUCUUGUAAUUCCCACAAGCUUCUUGAGUUCUCUGUUGACACUGAAUUAUUAUUUAUUCAUGUAUUACUCUGGGACUAAUGGUGAAUUAAACUAGUUUUUUAAAAAAAAAA